AUGGAGAGCACGUGUAGAACAAAUAAUGAUACCUGCUCUCCGACAGAAAUCGUGUGUCCUACAGGCGAGCGUAAAACACUAGUAAAUGGACAGUUCCCAACUAGUACAGGCGAGCGUAAAACACUAGUAAAUGGACAGUUCCCAACUAGUACAGGCGAGCGUAAAACAAUAGUAAAUGGUCAGUUCCCAACUAGUACAGGCGAGCGUAAAACACUAGUAAAUGGUCAGUUCCCAACUAGUACAGGCGAGCGUAAAACACUAGUAAAUGGUCAGUUCCCAACUAGUACAGGCGAGCGUAAAACACUAGUAAAUGGUCAGUUCCCAACUAGUACAGGCGAGCGUAAAACACUAGUAAAUGGUCAGUUCCCAACUAGUACAGGCGAGCGUAAAACACUAGUAAAUGGUCAGUUCCCAACUAGUACAGGCGAGCGUAAAACACUAGUAAAUGGUCAGUUCCCAACUAGUACAGGCGAGCGUAAAACACUAGUAAAUGGACAGUUCCCAACUAGUACAGGCGAGCGUAAAACACUAGUAAAUGGACAGUUCCCAACUAGUACAGGCGAGCGUAAAACACUAGUAAAUGGACAGUUCCCAACUAGUACAGGCGAGCGUAAAACACUAGUAAAUGGUCAGUUCCCAACUAGUACAGGCGAGCGUAAAACACUAGUAAAUGGUCAGUUCCCAACUAGUACAGGCGAGCGUAAAACACUAGUAAAUGGUCAGUUCCCAACUAGUACAGGCGAGCGUAAAACACUAGUAAAUGGUCAGUUCCCAACUAGUACAGGCGAGCGUAAAACACUAGUAAAUGGUCAGUUCCCAACUAGUACAGGCGAGCGUAAAACACUAGUAAAUGGUCAGUUCCCAACUAGUACAGGCGAGCGUAAAACACUAGUAAAUGGUCAGUUCCCAACUAGUACAGGCGAGCGUAAAACACUAGUAAAUGGACAGUUCCCAACUAGUACAGGCGAGCGUAAAACACUAGUAAAUGGUCAGUUCCCAACUAGUACAGGCGAGCGUAAAACACUAGUAAAUGGUCAGUUCCCAACUAGUACAGGCGAGCGUAAAACACUAGUAAAUGGUCAGUUCCCAACUAGUACAGGCGAGCGUAAAACACUAGUAAAUGGUCAGUUCCAAACUAGUACAGGCGAGCGUAAAACACUAGUAAAUGGUCAGUUCUCAACUAGUACAGGCGAGCGUAAAACACUAGUAAAUGGUCAGUUCCCAACUAGUACAGGCGAGCGUAGAACAAUGUAA